UAGUUUUGCCAGAGGAUGUAGAUGGCGCUUUAUAUCCCACAAUCCACCACCCAUGAAACUUCCUUUUUCCAACACCAUCCAACAUGGGUGUUGACAUAAACCACAAGUAUGACAGAAAGGUGCAUAGAAAGGAGCCGAAGAGUCAAGAUAUUUACCUUCGGCUCUUGGUGAAGCUCUAUAGAUUUCUAGCGCGCAGAACCAAUGCCAAGUUUAAUAAGGUGGUGUUGAAGCGCCUUUUUAUGAGCAAGAUUAACCGCCCACCUCUGUCUAUUGCACGUCUGGUGCGUUUGAUGAAGAAGCCAGGCCGUGAUAACAAGAUGGCUGUGUGUGUAGGAACCAUCACUGAUGACCUGCGCCUUCUGGAAGUACCUAAACUCAGGGUGUGUGCCCUGCAUGUGACUUCUGGUGCUCGUGCACGGAUCCUGAAGUCUGGUGGUGAGAUCAUCACAUUUGAUCAGUUGGCCCUGAAAGCACCAAAAGGACAAAACACUGUACUGGUUCAAGGUCCACGCAAGGCACGGGAAGCCUGCAAACACUUUGGUCCAGCAACUGGUGUGCCACACAGUCAUACCAAGCCAUUUGUUCGUUCCAAGGGACGCAAAUUUGAGAGGGCUCGUGGUCGCCGUAAGAGCAGAGGCUACAAGGCAUAAAGCUGUUGUAAUAAAUGUAAAAAUAUAUGGCAAGAGACUGAAAUGUGGAAGAAAAGACUCCUUUCUUAAAAGAAGACAAAAAUUCAGCACUGUAAGAGUAAACAAUAAACAUAUGGAAGAAAGUUCA